UGCCUCUCCUUCCAGUGGCUCUUCCACCGGGUCAGUCCCUGGGUCUCCCCCCGCGCCAGUCCUGGCUUCCUACGCCUGGCAGACCAGCAGAAGGUGGAGUGGAACUCAAGGUACAGGACACUGGCUACUCGCUGCAACACUGAUAUCAUAUGAUCAUUCUUCAUGUGUCACUACAUACAUGCUUACAUUGGAAGCUAAUGUAGAAUAGAUAGCUUCUUCCAUUGCAUCGUCCAACAAAAUUGUGGGUCAGAAUAUUUACUGUAAAGUUUCGACAAUCUGCGAUAAAGUUGUUAUUGUUGUUAAUUUUUCAACGCUUCAAGUCACCCAGCUGUUUUAACAGGUCAUUACACAGUUAAUUUCCCAGGUCAUUACACAGUUCAUUACUCAGGUCAUUGCACAGGUCAUUACUCAAUGUGGCUCCUUAUCUCACCAGAUGCUCUCAUCAAACGAUCUGCCAUAAACACAUUUAUCACAGCAUUUAGUCCUCUGUGUUCCAUGAAUCAUAACCAUCAUGGUGUCAUGAUCACCCCACACAUUCUCAGUUAUUACAACCGCCCAUUUUUUAUCUAUAGACUAUUGACUUGACUAGUGACUUGUCUGUCUGCAAAGGCACAGCUGUUUUGAAGAUUACAGAUGACCCUCAGAUGACCCUGUCUGUGAAGGUUCUGUAGUGGUCUGGUCUUGCUCUGGCCUGUGCCAAUGGCCAGGGGGAGAGAUGGACAGACUGGCAGACAGACGGACAGACAGACAGACUAGCAGACAAAUAGACAGACAAACAGACAAACAGACAGACAUACUGGCAGACUCUCUGCUAUCUGACUGACUGACUCUCUGCUAUCUGACUGACUGACUCUCUGAUAUCUGACUGACUGACUCUGAUAUCUGACUGACUGACUCUCUGAUAUCUGACUGACUGACUCUGAUAUCUGACUGACUGACUCUCUGAUAUCUGACUGACUGACUCUGAUAUCUGACUGACUGACUCUCUGAUAUCUGACUGACUGACUCUCUGAUAUCUGACUGUCUGACUCUCUGAUAUCUGACUGUCUGACUCUCUGAUAUCUGACUGACUGACUCUCUGAUAUCUGACUGACUGACUCUCUGAUAUCUGACUGUCUGACUCUCUGAUAUCUGACUGACUGACUCUCUGAUAUCUGACUGUCUGACUCUCUGAUAUCUGAUUGUCUGACUCUCUGCUAUCUGAUUUUCUGACUCUCUGCUAUCUGAUUGUCUGACUCUCUGAUAUCUGAUUGUCUGACUCUCUGAUAUCUGAGUGUCUGACUCUCUGAUAUCUGACUGACUGACUCUCUGAUAUCUGACUGUCUGACUCUCUGACUGUCUGACUCUCUGAUAUCUGACUGACUGACUCUCUGAUAUCUGACUGACUGACUCUGAUAUCUGACUGACUGACUCUCUGCUAUCUGACUGUCUGACUCUCUGCUAUCUGACUGACUGACUCUCUGAUAUCUGACUGACUGACUCUGAUAUCUGACUGACUGACUCUCUGACUGUCUGACUCUCUGAUAUCUGACUGACUGACUCUCUGAUAUCUGACUGUCUGACUCUCUGAUAUCUGACUGACUGACUCUCUGAUAUCUGACUGUCUGACUCUCUGCUAUCUGACUGACUGACUCUGAUAUCUGACUGACUGACUCUCUGCUAUCUGACUGUCUGACUCUCUGCUAUCUGACUGACUGACUCUCUGAUAUCUGACUGACUGACUCUCUGAUAUCUGACUGUCUGACUCUCUGAUAUCUGAUUGUCUGACUCUCUGAUAUCUGACUGACUGACUCUCUGAUAUCUGACUGUCUGACUCUCUGAUAUCUGAUUGUCUGACUCUCUGAUAUCUGACUGACUGACUCUGAUAUCUGACUGACUGACUCUGAUAUCUGACUGACUCUCUGAUAUCUGAUUGAUUGACUCUCUGAUAUCUGACUGUCUGACUCUCUGAUAUCUGACUGUCUGACUCUCUGAUAUCUGACUGACUGACUCUCUGAUAUCUGACUGAUUGACUCUCUGCUAUCUGAUUUUCUGACUCUCUGCUAUCUGAUUUUCUGACUCUCUGAUAUCUGACUGUCUGACUCUCUGAUAUCUGACUGACUGACUCUCUGAUAUCUGACUGUCUGACUCUCUGAUAUCUGACUGUCUGACUCUCUGAUAUCUGACUGACUGACUCUCUGAUAUCUGACUGACUGACUCUCUGAUAUCUGACUGUCUGACUCUCUGAUAUCUGACUGACUGACUCUCUGAUAUCUGACUGUCUGACUCUCUGCUAUCUGACUGACUGACUCUGAUAUCUGACUGACUGACUCUCUGCUAUCUGACUGUCUGACUCUCUGCUAUCUGACUGACUGACUCUCUGAUAUCUGACUGACUGACUCUCUGAUAUCUGACUGUCUGACUCUCUGAUAUCUGAUUGUCUGACUCUCUGAUAUCUGACUGACUGACUCUCUGAUAUCUGACUGUCUGACUCUCUGAUAUCUGAUUGUCUGACUCUCUGAUAUCUGACUGACUGACUCUGAUAUCUGACUGACUGACUCUGAUAUCUGACUGACUCUCUGAUAUCUGAUUGAUUGACUCUCUGAUAUCUGACUGUCUGACUCUCUGAUAUCUGACUGUCUGACUCUCUGAUAUCUGACUGACUGACUCUCUGAUAUCUGACUGAUUGACUCUCUGCUAUCUGAUUUUCUGACUCUCUGCUAUCUGAUUUUCUGACUCUCUGAUAUCUGACUGUCUGACUCUCUGAUAUCUGACUGACUGACUCUCUGAUAUCUGACUGUCUGACUCUCUGAUAUCUGACUGUCUGACUCUCUGAUAUCUGACUGACUGACUCUCUGAUAUCUGACUGACUGACUCUCUGAUAUCUGACUGUCUGACUCUCUGAUAUCUGACUGACUGACUCUCUGAUAUCUGACUGUCUGACUCUCUGAUAUCUGAUUGUCUGACUCUCUGCUAUCUGAUUUUCUGACUCUCUGCUAUCUGAUUGUCUGACUCUCUGAUAUCUGAUUGUCUGACUCUCUGAUAUCUGAGUGUCUGACUCUCUGAUAUCUGACUGACUGACUCUCUGAUAUCUGACUGUCUGACUCUCUGACUGUCUGACUCUCUGAUAUCUGACUGACUGACUCUCUGAUAUCUGACUGACUGACUCUGAUAUCUGACUGACUGACUCUCUGCUAUCUGACUGUCUGACUCUCUGCUAUCUGACUGACUGACUCUCUGAUAUCUGACUGACUGACUCUGAUAUCUGACUGACUGACUCUCUGACUGUCUGACUCUCUGAUAUCUGACUGACUGACUCUCUGAUAUCUGACUGUCUGACUCUCUGAUAUCUGACUGACUGACUCUCUGAUAUCUGACUGUCUGACUCUCUGCUAUCUGACUGACUGACUCUGAUAUCUGACUGACUGACUCUCUGCUAUCUGACUGUCUGACUCUCUGCUAUCUGACUGACUGACUCUCUGAUAUCUGACUGACUGACUCUCUGAUAUCUGACUGUCUGACUCUCUGAUAUCUGAUUGUCUGACUCUCUGAUAUCUGACUGACUGACUCUCUGAUAUCUGACUGUCUGACUCUCUGAUAUCUGAUUGUCUGACUCUCUGAUAUCUGACUGACUGACUCUGAUAUCUGACUGACUGACUCUGAUAUCUGACUGACUCUCUGAUAUCUGAUUGAUUGACUCUCUGAUAUCUGACUGUCUGACUCUCUGAUAUCUGACUGUCUGACUCUCUGAUAUCUGACUGACUGACUCUCUGAUAUCUGACUGAUUGACUCUCUGCUAUCUGAUUGUCUGACUCUCUGCUAUCUGAUUUUCUGACUCUCUGAUAUCUGAUUGUCUGACUCUCUGAUAUCUGAUUGUCUGACUCUCUGCUAUCUGAUUUUCUGACUCUCUGAUAUCUGACUGUCUGACUCUCUGAUAUCUGACUGACUAACUCUCUGAUAUCUGACUGACUGACUCUCUGAUAUCUGACUGUCUGACUCUCUGAUAUCUGAUUGUCUGACUCUCUGCUAUCUGAUUUUCUGACUCUCUGCUAUCUGAUUGUCUGACUCUCUGAUAUCUGAUUGUCUGACUCUCUGAUAUCUGAUUUUCUGACUCUCUGAUAUCUGACUGUCUGACUCUCUGAUAUCUGACUGUCUGAUUCUCUGCUAUCUGACUGUCUGACUCUCUGAUAUCUGACUGACUGACUCUCUGAUAUCUGACUGACUGACUCUCUGAUAUCUGACUGACUGACUCUGAUAUCUGAUUGAUUGACUCUCUGCUCUCUGAUUUUCUGACUCUCUGAUAUCUGACUGUCUGACUCUCUGAUAUCUGAUUGUCUGACUCUCUGCUAUCUGAUUUUCUGACUCUCUGCUAUCUGAUUGUCUGACUCUCUGAUAUCUGAUUGUCUGACUCUCUGAUAUCUGAUUGUCUGACUCUCUGCUAUCUGAUUUUCUGACUCUCUGAUAUCUGACUGCCUGACUCUCUGAUAUCUGACUGCCUGACUCUCUGAUGUCUGACUGACUGACUCUGAUAUCUGACUGACUGACUCUGUGCUGUCUGCCUGCCUGCCUGCAUGACUGAGUGACUGACUGACCCCUGAACCGUGUUUCAUCUCCUGCUCUAAUUGGUCUGAAUCUGUCUGCCGGUGGUCGUGCAACCAAUCAGUUAAUUCACCCUGCGCCCUCCUGCGCUAUGCACAGGAACGCUUCAUCUGCAUCACUUAUUAAAGUAUUUUAUCACAGAUUUGACAAGGUGUGUGUUUUUAUCACAUUUUUGACAAGGUGUGUGUGUUUUUAUCACAGUUUUGACAAGGUGUGUGUGUUUUAGGACGGUGUCCACACUUCAUGCCCUGGUGGUGGGGCUCUUUUGCCUCUACAUCCUGCUGUUUGACGACGCCGUCAAUGAAGACCCUGUCUGGUGAGAACUCUGUCGCUUUGUCGUAGUGCGUGAUGGUAGCACGGUGUUGGGUACAUACUGUAUGAACCGUGUUGUAAUGUGUUGAACGUUUUCCGGUCUUUUUCCUGCCAACAGGGGAGAUCCCACACUUGUGAAGAUAAAUGUUGGCAUGACAACAGGCUACCUCAUAUCUGGUGAGAACUCACUGACACACUUUAGUCACACGCACACUUGCAACGCUCCUCGUUCACUACAGGCCAUCUUGGACAUCUUUAGCCACACUUUCGGCAACGUCGACCAUUUUCAGUUUCGUUCUGUUCUUUUGGGCUGUACCAGGAAAAUUGUUGUUGUUUGCGUUGCAUUUAUAAACACAGCUUUUUGUUCACCUGCUGCAAUAUGUUCUCAGUUAACCCCUGUGUUGCUCUUUUCAUUUGUGUUCCAGAUCUGCUGUUAAUAUUUUACUAUUGGAAGGCGAUAGGUGACAAGUUUUUUGUCAUUCACCACCUUGCAGCGCUGUAUGCUUACUACUAUGUACUGGUGAGUUCCCCACUGUCUAAUAGCAGAAUGAGCAGGUGGUCCUCUGUAGCUCAACUGGUAGAGCACGGCGCUUGUAACGCCAAGGUAGUGGGUUCGAUCCCCGGGACCACCCAUACACAAAAAAUGUAUGCACGCAUGACUGUAAGUCGCUUUGGAUAAAAGCGUCUGCUAAAUGGCAUAUUAUAUUAUUAUUAUAUUAUGGGAAAGAUACAGCUAAAGGUGAACAGCUGUGUGUUGGUGAUGGCAGGAGCAGGGAGGGUGAGUGAGUGUCAUGCUGUGCGAUGGUGAUGGCAGGAGCAGGGAGGGUGAAUGAGUGCUAACAAGCUAACAUAGCUUUGCUCCUGUUAGCUCCGCUAGAACUCUGCCUGUGAGAACAUGUGACGUUAACCCUGCUGGCACUAAUUUCACAUGUUCUUCUAAUGCCUCUCAUUAGCUAGUCCUCAGCUGUUGAAAAGACAAGCAGGAAAUCAGUUAGAAUUGUAUGAGGCCAUACUCUACUGUAGGCUUGGUUUUAGGAGACUGUGUUCAGUUGCACACGCAGAAGCAGGACUCCUGACUCCUCAUCAGAUUAGAUGUUGUGUUGUCAAGCUUUUGGGAGUUGCUUGUUGAUUGUCUCUAGUGUGAAAAAGGUUAUGGUUAAUGAUACAAUAAUUAUGUGUUAUUUUGUGGUUAGGAUGAUCGUUAGCGACAGUUUGGAUUGAAAGAACAUUGAUAGAUUUGAUAUCGUUGAGUUUCAGCUAUGACCAUGCUUCAUCAGCACUGUCUUGUCAAGCAACUUGUCUUGUUUGACUGGACAGUGACACAGAAGCUGGUUAUAACCACUAUAACCACUGUUUAUAAUGCUGAAACAGGUUGUAAGCUGGUUAUAACCACUAUAACCACUGGUUAUAGUGCUGAAACAGGUUGUAAGCUGGUUAUAACCACUAUAACCACUGGUUAUAAUGCUGGAACAGGUUGUAAGCUGGUUAUAACCACUGUAACCACUGGUUAUAAAGCUGGAACAGGUUGUAAGCCCAGUCAUCCAGGACACUGCUGUUCACCCUUGGUCUGUAGUCUUCCAGGUCACCUGGUUCUAUAGCUCAUGAUUAUGGCUAUGAUGACAGUGUUGGUAUUUUUCUGCAUGGAAUGCUCAGUGAUGGAAGUGAAGUGGCCGACACCCUCCUUACCCUUCCUUUCCUCAUCACCUUCCCAUUAAAAGACCUGCUUUUCUUUCACUGCCCCCUCGGGCUUGUUGGGCUGAGCUGCGCAUGCCUCCAUUUCUCCUGACUUCCCCAGUGUUUGUGGAGGGGGUCUCCAACAGUACUGUGUGUGCAUGCCAAAAACAGCUUACUUACUACCUCCUACUGUUCUGUCUCCUUCCUCUCCCACUCUCCACCUCUGCCCCACUAUUUCCAGAGCUUCUUCUCCCUUGUCUGUUCUGGCAGAGGGCCCUUGAGAGCGACUGAACUGUUAAUGAUGACACUUUGCCGUGUGUGAUGCUUGAAUGCGUCAUUCGUCUAUGAAUGUGUGCUCACUAUAAUGCCCCACGGUAGCUCUGUGAGGGCUUUCCUUCUAGCUCUGUGAGGGCUUUCCUUCGAGCUCUGUGAGGGCUUUCCUUCUAGCUCUGUGAGGGUUUGCCUUCUAGCUCUGUGAGGGUUUGCCUUCUAGCUCUGUAAGGGCUUGCCUUCUAGCUCUGUGAGGGCUUUCCUUCUAGCUCUGUGAGGGCUUGCCUUCUAGCUCUGUAAGGGCUUGCCUUCUAGCUCUGUGAGGGCUUUCCUUCUAGCUCUGUGAGGGCUUGCCUUCUAGCUCUGUGAGGGCUUGCCUUCUAGCUCUGUGAGGGCUUGCCUUCUAGCUCUGUGAGGGCUUUCCUUCUAGCUCUGUGAAGGCUUGCCUUCUAGCUCUGUGAGGGCUUGCCUUCUAGCUCUGUGAGGGCUUGCCUUCUAGCUCUGUGAGGGCUUUCCUUCUAGCUCUGUGAGGGCUUGCCUUCUAGCUCUGUGAGGGUUUGCCUUCUAGCUCUGUGAGGGUUUGCCUUCUAGCUCUGUGAGGGCUUGCCUUCUAGCUCUGUGAGGGCUUGCCUUCUAGCUCUGUGAGGGUUUGCCUUCUAGCUCUGUGAGGGCUUGCCUUCUAGCUCUGUGAGGGUUUGCCUUCUAGCUCUGUGAGGGUUUGCCUUCUAGCUCUGUGAGGGCUUUCCUUCUAGCUCUGUGAGGGCUUUCCUUCUAGCUCUGUGAGGGCUUUCCUUCUAGCUCUGUGAGGGCUUUGCCUUCUAGCUCUGUGAGGGUUUGCCUUCUAGCUCUGUGAGGGUUUGCCUUCUAGCUCUGUGAGGGCUUUCCUUCUAGCUCUGUGAGGGCUUUCCUUCUAGCUCUGUGAGGGCUUUCCUUCUGUUUUAAGAAAGGCAAAGAAAAGGCCUUGGUUCAGGCCAACCCAAAUCCUUCAACCUUUUUACAAUAAUUAUCCCUUAGCAUUGUAUGCAAAUUGUAUUCUUACCCAACUGAAUUAAAUUAAGACACUUGAAGCAAAGUAAUGUACAGUAUAUGCAUUGUAAAAAUGACCCUAUCGGAGGUGCAAUGCAUUCCUGAUGUAAAUGUUUUUUUUUUUUUUAACCUUUCUUCCUAGAGACAGAAAGUCCAUUAUGUUAAAGCAGCAGAGCAAAAUGGAUGCUGUUGUUGAAAACUGCAAUAAGCACACUACUUCUACUACUUAAGAUAAUUGACCGUGUGGUUAAAUUGUCUUGCUGCUACAACUGAUUGGUGAUCAUAAGAACAGAUGACACAGUGGUUUAAGGCCGUACUCUCACUGGACAUUCAUGACUGUGCUUAGUAUGGUCAACAGAAAGCACUCUGUCAACAUAAAGCCCUCGUUCGCUAACAUCUGACUUCAUUCAUAACUUACUAAUUGAUUGACUUACUUUUUUUUUUGUGUGAUUUGGUAUCAAAGCUGGUAUAUGUGAGUAUGUUGUUAAUUCGGUGACUAGGCAUAGUAUUAGUUAAACCAGCUGGUAUAUGCAGAUUGUGUUAUGUUGUUAUGAUGUCAUACUAGAUCAUUGGGAAAACAAUCAGGCUAUACUCAGAACUUGUGGUUCGGAUAGCUAGCUAAACAAGCAGAUGAAUUCAUAGGCUAAUAUUUGAUUGCUGUUUGAGUUCUAAAACUCGUGCUAAACUGUCAACGUUGUUGUUGCACCUUUUUUCUUGUUGUUGUUGCUUCUAACUAUAGCUGCACCUUUUUUCCCCCUAAUCUAUCUGUCUAUCUUAUCCUUCGCUAAUAUGAUUUCUUAAAAUAAUAUAAUAUAUAAUAAUAAUAUAGUCCCACAAUUACCAGCAAAACAUUCAAGCAAAAAAACUACCAAAAUUCCAAAUUCAAACCUUUCAGACCAGGCCUGACUCCUCUGGACUGAAUCAUUCCUGUCUCGUCUGUUGCCAUUGCUGUUGCGCUACACUGAGCAGAUCUGACCCAUCUGUCCAGUAACAGUAUAGACUUACCAGUAUCUAGAGGUGUUCGCAUAGAGACGCUGGGAAAGUUCAUAUCCUCUCGGGUGUAGACGAAGCAGAUAUGUUCUGUCCUGUAUGUCCAUAUCUUGAGAGUGAGUACAUGCCAUUUAUUAACUUUUGUUAUGAGGUAAGUUUCCCCUUUUGGUGUGUGCUAUUUGGAUAAUCUUACCCUGUGUUAUGCCUGAAAAAAAUGAGAGAGAGAGAGAGAGAGAGAGAGAGAGAGAGAGGAGAGAGAGAGAGAGAUGAGAGAGAGAGAGAGAGAGAGAGAGAGAGAGAGAUAGAGAUAGAGAGGAAUAGAGAGAGAGAAGAGAGAGGACGCGCUCUCUAUCGCAUAGAGAUCGCUCUCUCUUCUCUCCUCUCUCCUCUCUCUCUCCCUCUCCUCUCUCUCUCUCUCUAUCUAGAGAGAGAGAGAGAGAGAGAAGAGAGAGAACUUCUCAUGUGAGGCUCUUUAUAAUUACUCUUGCCUAUAUGUCUUAUGCAGUACCUUCCUAUAACAGCAUUUGAAUAUACGCUAAGCAUGGCUCUUAUACGGUGCAUUCGGAAACUAUUCAGACCCCAUGACUUUUUCCACAUUUUGUUACGUUACAGCCUUAUUCCCUAAAAUGGAUUAAAUAAAUAAAAAUCCCCAUCAAUCUACACACAACACCCCAUAAUGACAAAGCAAAAACAGGUGUUUAGACAUUUUUGCAAAUUGAUUUAAAAAAAAAACCCGGAAAUAUAACAUUUACAUAAGUAUUCAGACCCUUUACUCAGUACUUUGUUCAAACACAUUUGGCAGCUAUUACAGCCUCGUAUCUUAAUAAUAAUAAUAAUAAUAAUAAUAUGCCAUUUAGCAGACGCUUUUAUCCAAAGCGACUUACAGUCAUGCGUGCAUACAUUUUUACAUAUCUUCUUGGGUAAGACACUACAAGCUUAGCACACCUGUAUUUGGGGAGUUUCUCCUAUUCUUCUCUGCAGAUCCUCUUAAGCUCUGUCGGGUUGGAUGGGGAGCGUUGCUGCACAGCUAUUUUCAGGCCUCUCCAGAGAUGUUUGAUCGGGUUCAAGUCAGGGCUCUGGUUGGGCCACUCAAGGACAUUCAGAGACUUGUCCCGAAGCCACUCCUGCAUUGUCUUGGCUGUGUGCUUAGGGUUGUUGUUCUGUUGGAAGGUGAACCUUCGCCCCAGUCUGAGGUCCCGAGCGCUCUGGAGCAGGUUUUCAUCAAGGAUCUCUCUGUACUUUGUUCCGUUCAUCUUUCCCUCGAUCCUGACUAGUCUCCCAGUCCCUGCCGCUGAAAAACAUCCCCACAGCAUGAUGCUGCCACCACCAUGCUUCACCGUAGGGAUGGUGCCAGGUUUCCUCCAGACGUGACGCUUGGCAUUAAGACGAAAAAGUUCAAUCUUGGUUUCAUCAGACUAGAGAAUCUUGUUUCUCAUGGUCUGAGAGUCUUUAGGUGCCUUUUGGCAAACUCCAAGUGGGCUGUCAUGUGCCUUUUACUGAGGAGUGUCUUCCGUCUGGCCACUCUACCAUAAAGGUCUGAUUGGUAGAAUGAUGCAGAGAAGGUUGUCCUUCUGGAAGGUUCUCCCAUCUCCACAGAGGAACUCUGGAGCUCUGUCAGAGUGACCAUCAGGUUCUUGGUCACCUCCCUAACCAAGGCCCUUCUCCCCCGAUUGCUCAGUUUGGCCGGGUGGCCAGCUCUAGGAAGAGUCUUGGUGAUUCCAAACUUCUUCCAUUUCAGAAUGAUGGAGGCCACUGUGUUCUUGGGGACCUUUAAUGCUGCAGAAAUGUGUUGGUACCCUUCCCCAGAUCUGUGCCUUGACCCAAUCCUGUCUCGGAGCUCUACGGAGAAUUCCUUCGACCUCAUGACUUGUUUUUUGCUCUGACAUGCUGUCAACUGUGUGACCUUAUAUAGACAGGUGUGUGCCUUUCCAAAUCAUGUCCAAUCAAUUGAAUUGACCACAGGUGGACUCCAAUCAAGUUGUAGAAACAUCUCAAGGAUGAUCAAUGGAAAAAGGAUGCACCUGAGCUCAAUUUAGAGUCUCAUAGCAAAGGGUCUGAAUACUUAUGUAAAUAAGGUAUUUCUGUUUUUUGUUUUUUAUAAAUUUGCAAAAAUGUCUAAACCUGUUUUCGCUUUGUCAUUAUGGGGUAUUUGUGUGUAGAUUGAUGAGGGGGAAAAAUACUAUUUAAUCCAUCUUAGAAUAAGGCAGCAACGUAACAAAAAUGUGGAAAAAGUCAAGGGGUCUGAAUACUUUCCGAAUGCACUGUAUUGGCAAAUCAUUGCUCAUUUGGCUAACGGCUGAAUGUCUACUCAUUAAACCCUGGCUGUACGUGCACACUGUGUUGUUAGCAGUGGCGCUAUCCUAUUUACUUUUUGUAUUGUAAUUUAGCUGUUUCACCGCCGACAGCCUUUUCAACUUCCCGUGGUCUUUCGGUACUGAAGCCUCAUAGCUGUAGUCGAGGCUGUCAUCCUCAACUAUACCCUCAAUCAUACGAAUGGGUUUAUUAGGGUCUACUGGAGAAAAGCCUUCAGAAUGUAGCUGAUUCUCCUGAGGGAUGGGGCUUUUCUGUUUGAUCUGAAAAAUAGGAAGCAGAGCCGACCUAUAUUCAGAAAGGGAUUUCAAUUAUUUAAUUUUAGAUCUGAAAAUGUCUCCUUAAUCUCAGUUUUGGUUCAGCACGAUGAUGUCUGAUAGAUCAAAAGGUAUUUUCACCAUUUUAAUUCCAGGUACAGUAUAUAAUACUACGUCUGUUUAAUUUUUUUCCUGCUUGUUAUUGCUGUUGGAAAAUACAUUUAUUUUUGUAUCUGAAUAUUGAGUGAUCAUGAAAUUGAUGUUGAUGGGCUAAAAGGUGAAGUAUGGUAAAAGUGAGAUAAUUAACUUGUUUCCCCCCCCCCAAAAAAAGUAAUAAUUAUCACACGCCUUGUGUUCUUUUAAUAUUGACGAUGGAUUAAUAUUUCUGGGCACAAACGGGUGUGAUUACCUCACUUUAACCAUACUGAUGUGAUGUUUGAUCAAAUGAAAGCAUUUUGGGUCCCUUUUUCAUUGUUUCUCUCUCCGUUUUCUUCUUUUCACCUUGUUCCUCCAGAGACAAGGAAUGUUGCCUUAUUUUGCUAACUUCCGUCUGCUUGCCGAGUUCUCCACGCCGUGUGUGAACCAGCGGUAGGUAGCAGAUGCACUGUAUACAAACACAUGUAAUAUGUUUAUGGUAGGUACCACCCACACUGAGGCCUGAGCCUGGACAGGGCAGUGACACUCAGAGACCCUGCAAAGCAGCUGCUGAAAGAAAUAAACCCUGUUAACCCUCAUACUGCCAACAUAUUUUAUAUACAUUAAUUACCAACUGGGGUCAUUUUGACCCCAAGAAGAAACUAUUGGAAAAAGCAACACUCCUAGCAAACUAUCAACUUAAUUCUUAUCAAAACAUCAAUAAAAAUGUAAAUAAUGUUCUGAAAUAAAAAGUAACCAAACAGACUGUUCUUUUACCAAAAUUACAGUUCAUUAGCAUAUUCUGUAAAAACGAAAAUGUACAUUUUUCCCUUAACCAAUGUGUAGCUUUUUUUUUCCAAAGUACAAUCCACAUAAGUACAAAAAACACAGAUGUUCCGUUAUUUGAUUGUAGUACCAUUUACAUUUUUUUUGAAUUUUGAAAAUAAUUACAAAUGUUGUCAUAUUUAUGCAGUAAAAACAACUGCCAUUUAAAGGGGCGGGACACCAACAUUUGAAAUAUACUUAAUUUUAUUAACAAAAAAGUAAUUUGUCAAUUCAUCUUGAGAGACAAUGUCCAACAAUAUGGCUUAGUUUUAUUUAUUUACUUACCCCAAAGCCAGUAUUAUCAUCGCUGCUAGUGAAACAAUGGGAGUGGUAGGGCCUAUGGCAGGAUGCUUAAAAAAGCCUCAAUCCUAAUUUCAAACCAAAUGCUAUAGCAACCCAAAUAUCCUAACAAGUUGCACAUAUAGAAUAUUGGAGGAUAUUGUAGGAAUUCUGGUAUUUAUAUAACAUUUCCCGUAAAAUAAAAAAUGUUCAGAGAAUACACACCAAUACAGCACUAUGUGUCCAUUCAGAGGGUAGCUGUAUACCACUGAAUGACUUUUACAGUGGCUUGCGAAAGUAUUCACCCCCCUUGGCAUUUUUCCUAUUUUGUUGCCUUACAACUUGGAAUUAAAAUAGAUUUUUGGGGGGUUUGUAUCAUUUGAUUUAGACAACAUGCCUACCACUUUGAAGAUGCAAAAUAUUGUUUGUGUGUGAAGCAAACAAGAAAUAAGACAAAAAAACAGAACUUGAGCGUGCAUAACUAUUCACCCCCCCCAAAGUCAAUAAUUUGUAGAUCCACCUUUUGCAGCAAUUACAGCUGCAAGUCUCUUGGGGUAUGUCUCUAUAAGCUUGGCACAUCUAGCCACUGGGAUUUUUGCCCAUUCUUCAAGGCAAAACUGCUCCAGCUCCUUCAAGUUGGAUGGGUUCCGCUGGUGUACAGCAAUCUUUAAGUCAUACCACAGAUUCUCAAUUAGAUUGAGGUCUGGGCUUUUCAAGACAUUUAAAUGUUUCCCCUUAAACCACUCAAGUGUUGCUUUAGCAGUAUGCUUAGGGUCAUUGUCUGUUGGAAGGUGAACCUCCGUCCCAGUCUCAAAUCUCUGGAAGACUGAAACAGGUUUCCCUCAAGAAUUUCCCUUUAUUAGCGCCAUCCAUCAUUCCUUCAAUUCUGACCAGUUUCCCAGUCCCUGCCGAUGAAAAACAUCCCCACAGCAUGAUGCUGCCACCACCAUGCUUCACCUUGGGGAUGGUGUUCUCGGGGUGAUGAGAGGUGUUGGGUUUACGCCAGACAUAGCGUUUUCCUUGAUGGCCAAAAAGCUCAAUUUUAGUCUCAUCUGACCAGAGUACCUUCUUCCAUAUGUUUGGGGAGUCUCCCACAUAGCUUUUGGCGAACACCAAACGUGUUUGCUUAUUUUUUCUUUAAGCAAUGGCUUUUUUCUGGCCACUCCUCCUUGGUCUUCAUGGUGCCGCUUGCUUGGUGGUGGCCCUUGCUUAGUGUUGUUGCAGACUCUGGGGUCUUUCAGAACAGGUGUACAUAUACUGAGAUCAUGUGACACUUAGAUUGCAUACAGGUGGACUUUAUUUAACUAAUUAUGUGACUUCUGAAGGUAAUUGGUUGCACCAGAUCUUAUUUAGGGGCUUCAUAGCAAAGGAGGUGAAUACAUAUGCACGCACCACUUUUCCGUUAUUACUUUUUUAUAAUUUUUUGAAACAAGUUAUUUUCUUCAUUUCACUUCACCAAUUUGGACUAUUUUGUGUAUGUCCAUUACAUGAAAUCUAAAUUAAAAAACAUUUAAAUUACAGGUUGUAAUGCAACAAAAUAGGAAAAACGCCAAGGGGGAUGAAUACUUUUGCAAGGCACUGUAUGAGCUGUUUUGACUGCAACUAAGCAUAUAUGUAAGGUCAUUUUAGAUUUUGUACACGGUCACACCUAGUGAUAACCAGGUAUAACCAUAGACGAGUGCAUAAGGUGAUCCAUCUCUGCAGGUGGUCUGUCUAUCAUGUCAGGAUCACUGAUAAAGGUAUAACACAGAGAAAACUGGAUUCAAAUAGACUUUUUUAGAUUUGCCCUAGAAUAACUACUUUCGCUGGAAUACACACCACGACAGCUGUGUAGAUUUACAGCGUAUCUGAGUGAUGUUUUGCAGUUCUAUCAAGUAUUUAUACCAUUGGCAGACUGUAUUCCAUUGGCAGACUGUAUUCCAUUGGCAGACUGUAUUCCAUUGGCAGACUGUAUACCAUUGGCAGACUGUAUUCCAUUGGCAGAUUUUUAUAUGUACAUAAAUACGGUAAUUUUGGUUUUGUACACAGUCAUACGAUAUGUGGUAUAGAAAAGUACAUGGGGUCCUGCUAUAUCUCUGUAGAUAAUCUGUUUUAUCUGGUCAGAAUCACUGAUACAGGUCCUGCUAUAUCUCUGUAGAUAAUCUGUUUUAUCUGGUCAGAAUCACUGAUACAGGUCCUGCUAUAUCUCUGGUGGUAUGGAUAAUUUGUUAUUAUGUCUCCAGGGAAAACUGGAUUCAAAUAAAGGUUCACAUCUAUCAAAUAAUUAUAUGCGGAAUUAGGUGUUUUUGGCUGGGGUCAACAUGACCCCAAAAGUCCAUAUUGAUACAGAAACACUAAACAAUGAUUUUGAUUUAUUAUGAACAAGUUGAUUGACAAAGUCAUUAACAAUUGGAAGAAUUUAAUAAACCACCUUUGGGCUAUGAUAAAAAAAUAUGCCUCUGGUGUCAAAAUGAGGCAUGUAUGAUGGUUGAUUUGUUUAAUUCCCAUACACCCGUGUUUACGAUUUUUAUAUAUUGAUUUUACUGGACAUUCUCUAUGUUCACGUGUGAAAGAUUACCCUUCAUCUUGUUUGAAUCCUGUUCGGCCCAGAGUCGGGUUGCUCCUCCUUUACAUCACUGUACUGACUGUCUUUCUUUACAACACUGUACUGGCUGUCUUUCUUUACAUCACUGUACUGACUGUGUCUUUCUUUACAUCACUGUACUGACUGUCUUUCUUUACAUCACUGUACUGACUGUCUUUCUUUACAUCACUGUACUGACUGUCUUUCUUUACAUCAUUGUACUGACUGUCGUUCUUUACAUCACUGUACUGACUGUCUUUCUUUACAUCACUGUACUGACUGUCUUUCUUUACAUCACUGUACUGACUGUGUCUUUCUUUACAUCACUGUACUGACUGUGUCUUUCUUUACAUCACUGUACUGACUGUCUUUCUUUACAUCACUGUAUUGACUGUCUUUCUUUACAUCACUGUACUGACUGUAUUUCCUUACAUCACUGUACUGACUGUGUCUUUCUUUACAUCACUGUACUGGCUGUCUUUCUUUACAUCACUGUACUGACUGUCUUUCUUUACAUCACUGUACUGACUGUCUUUCUUUACAUCACUGUACUGACUGUCUUUCUUUACAUCACUGUAUUGACUGUCUUUCUUUACAUCACUGUACUGACUGUAUUUCCUUACAUCACUGUACUGACUGUGUCUUUCUUUACAUCACUGUACUGACUGUGUCUUUCUUUACAUCACUGUACUGGCUGUCUUUCUUUACAUCACUGUACUGACUGUGUCUUUCUUUACAUCACUGUACUGACUGUCUUUCUUUACAUCACUGUACUGACUGUCUUUCUUUACAUCACUGUACUGACUGUCUUUCUUUACAUCACUGUACUGACUGUGUCUUUCUUUACAUCACUGUACUGACUGUGUCUUUCUUUACAUCACUGACUGUGUCUUUCUUUACAUCACUGUACUGACUGUCUUUCUUUACAUCACUGUAUUGGCUGUCUUUCUUUACAUCACUGUACUGACUGUAUUUCCUUACAUCACUGUACUGACUGUGUCUUUCUUUACAUCACUGUACUGACUGUGUCUUUCUUUACAUCACUGUACUGACUGUCUUUCUUUACAUCACUGUACUGACUGUCUUUCUUUACAUUGUUGUACUGACUGUGUCUUUCUUUACAUCACUGUACUGACUGUGUCUUUCUUUACAGCACUGUACUGACUGUGUCUUUCUUUACAUCACUGUACUGACUGACUUUCUUUACAUCACUGUACUGACUGUCUUUCCUUACAUCACUGUACUGACUGUGUCUUUCUUUACAUCACUGUACUGACUGUCUUUCUUUACAUCACUGUACUGACUGUCUUUCUUUACAUCACUGUACUGACUGUGUCUUUCUUUACAUCACUGUACUGACUGUCUUUCUUUACAUCACUGUACUGACUGUCUUUCUUUACAUCACUGUAUUGACUGUCUUUCUUUACAUCACUGUACUGACUGUAUUUCCUUACAUCACUGUACUGACUGUGUCUUUCUUUACAUCACUGUACUGACUGUGUCUUUCUUUACAUCACUGUACUGACUGUCUUUCUUUACAUUGUUGUACUGACUGUGUCUUUCUUUACAUCACUGUACUGACUGUGUCUUUCUUUACAGCACUGUACUGACUGUGUCUUUCUUUACAUCACUGUACUGACUGACUUUCUUUACAUUGUUGUACUGUCUGUGUAUUUUUUUACAUCACUGUACUGACUGUCUUUCCUUACAACACUGUACUGACUGUCUUUUCUUUACAUCACUGUACUAACUGUGUCUUUCUUUACAUCACUGUACUGACUGUCUUUCUUUACAUUGUUGUACUGUCUGUGUCUUUCUUUACAUCACUGUACUGACUGUGUCUUUCUUUACAUCGUUGUACUGACUGUCUUUACAUUGUUGUACUGACUGUCUUUUUAACAUCACUGUACUGACUGUGUCUUUCUUUACAUCACUGUACUGACUGUCUUUCUUUACAUUGUUGUACUGACUGUCUUUUUUACACCACUGUACUGACUGUGUCUUUCUUUACAUCACUGUACUGACUGUGUAUUUCUUUACAUCACUGUACUGACUGUCUUUCUUUACAUAACUGUACUGACUGUCUUUCCUUACAUCACUGUACUGACUGUGUCUUUCUUUACAUCACUGUACUGACUGUCUUUCUUUACAUCACUGUACUGACUGUGUCUUUCUUUACAUUGUUGUACUGUCUGUGUAUUUUUUUACAUCACUGUACUGACUGUCUUUCCUUACAACACUGUACUGACUGUCUUUUCUUUACAUCACUGUACUAACUGUGUCUUUCUUUACAUCACUGUACUGACUGUCUUUCUUUACAUUGUUGUACUGUCUGUGUCUUUCUUUACAUCACUGUACUGACUGUGUCUUUCUUUACAUCGUUGUACUGACUGUCUUUACAUUGUUGUACUGACUGUCUUUUUACAUCACUGUACUGACUGUGUCUUUCUUUACAUCACUGUACUGACUGUCUUUCUUUACAUUGUUGUACUGACUGUCUUUUUUACACCACUGUACUGACUGUGUCUUUCUUUACAUCACUGUACUGACUGUGUCUUUCUUUACAUCACUGUACUGACUGUCUUUUCUUUACAUCACUGUACUGACUGUCUUUCUUUACAUCACUGUACUGACUGUGUCUUUCUUUACAUCACUGUACUGACUGUAUUUCUUUACAUCACUGUACCAGCUGUGUCUUUCUUUACAUUGUUGUACUGACUGUGUCUUUCUUUACAUCACUGUACUGGCUGUGUAUUUCUUUACAUCACUGUACUGACUGUGUCUUUCUUUACAUCACUGUACUGACUGUGUCUUUCUUUAUAUCACUGUACUGACUGUGUCGUUCUUUACAUCACUGUACUGACUGUGUCUUUCUUUACAUCACUGUACUGACUGUGUCAUUCUUUACAUCACUGUACUGACUGUGUCUUUCUUUACAUCACUGUACUGACUGUGUCGUUCUUUACAUCACUGUACUGACUGUGUCGUUCUUUACAUCACUGUACUGACUGUGUCGUUCUUUACAUCACUGAUGACUGGGUCGUUCUUUACAUCACUGUACUGACUGUGUCUUUCUUUACAUCACUGUACUGACUGUCUUUCUUUACAUCACUGUACUGACUGUGUCUUUCUUUACAUCACUGUACUGACUGUGUCUUUCUUUACAUCACUGUACUGACUGUCGUUCUUUACAUCACUGUACUGACUGUCUUUCUUUACAUCACUGUACUGACUGUGUCUUUCUUUACAUCACUGUACUGACUGUGUCUUUCUUUACAUCACUGUACUGACUGUCUUUCUUUACAUCACUGUACUGACUGUCUUUCUUUACAUCACUGUACUGACUGUGUCUUUCUUUACAUCACUGUACUGACUGUGUCUUUCUUUACAUCACUGUACUGACUGUCUUUCUUUACAUCACUGUACUGACUGUCUUUCUUUACAUCACUGUACUGACUGUCUUUCUUUACAUCACUGUACUGACUGUCGUUCUUUACAUCACUGUACUGACUGUCUUUCUUUACAUCACUGUACUGACUGUCUUUCUUUACAUCACUGUACUGACUGGGUCUUUCUUCCAGGUGGUUCUUUGAAGUGUUAGGUUACCCCAAGUCCUCCAGGCCCAACAUUGCUAACGGGAUGGCUAUGGCCCUGGUCUUCUUCCUGGUUCGCAUCGCCGUCAUGCCUCUCUACUACAGCCGCAUGUGGUCCGUGUACGGCACCGAAGCCUUCUACCGCGUCCCGCUGGAAGGCCGCGCUGCCUGGAUCAUCUCCAGCGUCUCGCUGGAUGUCAUGAACGUCAUGUGGAUGCACAAGAUCGCCCGCGGCUGCUACAAGGUUAUGUGCUCGGCCCGACGGCACAAAGUGGAGACACAAGAGAAUGGAAAGACUGAC